AUGGCAGUUGGCAAUGACAAGGAGCAGCCACCGACGUUAGAUGAACGCACGAUGCAGAAUAUGCGAAUUGCAGAAAAGAUUGGUGCCAAAACUUUUGAAGAGAAUACAACCAUUUUGCGGCGCGUGGCAUGGCGAGGGGCACGUGCCUUCGUUGUCUGUGGCAUUGGUAUGGCUGCCUUUGCCUACGCGAUGCGGCGGCGACGGCAGCAGCUUCAACAGGAAGAGCUGCGUAAACGGGGGCGACUUGAAGAGGAUUCAACGGCACGGUAUCUGGAGGAGAUGCGGGGGCUAGGGUUUGAUGUCGACGCGCUUGAGGAGGAAUUGGAGGCGGGGCGAAGGGCGGGAAAAGUAAACUGA